AGCCGAGCCGGACUGGAACGAGCCGAACGGGGCCGAGGUGAGACAAGCGGGGCCGGAGCGAGCCGAGCCGGACCGGACCGACCGUGCCUGAAGGGAGCCGAGCGGAGCUGCCGCCAUGCCCAAGGCGAGGGCCGGGAAGCGGCCGGAGCGCCGGGAGGGCCGCGCCGGCGGCAUCCUGUUCAACACCGGGGCCGGGCAGCACAUCCUGAAGAACCCGCUCGUGGUGAACAGCAUCAUCGACAAGGCUGCCCUGCGCCGCACGGAUGUCAUUCUGGAGGUGGGCCCGGGAACUGGAAACCUGACAGUAAAGAUGCUGGAGAAAGUAAAAAAAGUUAUUGCAUGUGAAAUUGACCCUAGACUUGUUGGUGAGCUUCAGAAGAGAGUCCAGGGCACGUGUCUAGCAAACAAACUUGAAAUCAAGGUUGGAGAUGUCUUGAAAACAGAUUUACCAUUCUUUGAUGCAUGUGUGGCUAACCUGCCUUACCAGAUUUCUUCACCUUUUGUUUUCAAGUUACUGCUUCAUAGACCUUUUUUCAGGUGUGCAAUCCUUAUGUUUCAAAGGGAGUUUGCACUUCGUUUGGUUGCCAAACCAGGAAGCAAACUGUACUGCAGACUCUCUAUUAACACUCAGCUAUUGGCUCGAGUGGACCAUCUGAUGAAGGUUGGAAAGAACAACUUCAAGCCUCCUCCCAAAGUCGAAUCCAGUGUUGUCAGAAUAGAGCCAAAGAACCCACCACCACCUAUCAACUUCCAGGAGUGGGAUGGUCUGGUAAGGAUAGCCUUUGUUAGGAAAAACAAGACACUCUCUGCAGCAUUUAAAUCAAGUGCUGUAGAGCAGUUGCUGGAUCAUAAUUACCGAGUUCAUUGUUCCUUACAUAAUACAGAAAUUCCUGAGAACUUCAAAAUUGCAGAGAAAAUACAGACAGUCCUAAAAGACACAGGUUACUCUGAAAAACGAGCCCGUUCAAUGGAUAUAGAUGAUUUCAUUCGAUUGCUACAUGGCUUCAAUUCAGAAGGCAUUCAUUUUUCAUAGAUACUCCUAGAAGAAUGAAAGAUGCUGUAUUUUUUCACCAAAGUUUUACCCAAGCCAGUGUGAGUGCAAUGGUACAAGCUCCUCCUAAAAGCAAUGAACAGAAUACAGCGGGUAUGCUUGGACUCAGAAUGUUAGAUGUGAUUUUAUCGCAGACAAUAGGCAAGGAGCUGCUGCUCUGUCUUUUAAAAGCAGCAAAUUCUUUCAGAGCUGAAGCGAGGUGCUGGACUGCCUCAUGACUGUGUUUUCCUAUAUAUAUAUAUAUAUAUAUAUCCUAAAACAUGGACUGAUGAUAAUUGAAAUCUGUUCUCCAGUGAUGGACUUCACCUCAGUAUAUUCAUGUACAGUACUCAACAGUACAACCCAUAAUGGGUCUGGACAACAAAAAAAAAGUUGUAGGAAUUCCUUUUUUGGUAUUCAUUUGUGUGUUUGUUAUUAAGUGUAUUUAAACACUUCCUUCUGAUUUGAGAUGCCUGUCUCUCUCAUCCUUCUGGUAACUAACAAGCCUGUUAAAAAUCUGCUUCUCUUAGAGAACCCCAGUGAGUGUUUCUCAGAAAACAAAAGAAUUUACCUUGUGGGCUUGAUAUCCUUUACAUUAUUGCCUUUACCCUCUCCUCCACUGUUGGAACUGGAAAAAAAACUACCAGUGGGCCAGGGCUCAAAGACAGACAGCAGGAUGGGUUUUUUUGUUAACUUAAUUCAAGUAACUAUUUUUUAAGGUAACUCCUUCACUGUUAAUGCAGGAAAAAGUUUUAGCACAGAUCAUACCUUUCAGUGAGAUUUAGAGCAAUGCAUGCAAAUUAGCAAAACCUCCUCCAAGAAAAGCUUAUAUUUAUACACAUCAUUACAUUAUUAAGGUUGGAAAAGAUGUCCUGAGUCCAGCUAGCAGCUGCCAUUGACAUCCCAAUGGCUUUUAAAAGUAAUUGAUUCAGAAGCAUGUAUAGAAAGAGGCAUCCUGAAGCAUCGACUUAAAAAACUGAAUUGCACAUUUAUUUCACAAGUUAAUAAUUCAGUAAUUCUAGUGCUGCUUCACUUCAUGCAGUGAAGUGAGCCAAAUGAUGAGUUAGGUAGACAGCCACAAAGAAUACCAGCCUUACCAAUUUUUCUUUAUUCUAACUGCUUCAGUAUCAGGUAUAGAUCUAACUUAUAGCAGGCUCUGGCACAAAGACUGAGAGUAGACAGUUGCAGCUAGCAUGUGCUACUUGACAGGACACAUGUAAUUUACAGGGCUUUGUAAAAACGUGCUGAAAACUGACUGUCCUUUUUGUCCUUUUGGGACCCACAGUAAGCCAUAGCCUGGCUGUGGUGCUAGGCUUGCAUGGACAGAUAUAUGGAAGCUACUGUUACUCCUGUGGGAUGUCUCAGUCUUCAGAAGUUUCUGAGCAAGUGAGAAUUGUCCAGAGCAGCUUGUGAGAAAACCUCUGAUACUAUAUGAUAGCCUGUACUAUCACCUGCCAACAGAACCUAUUGCCUUCUGUUCCAUUGUUUUUUUUUUCUUUUAGCUGUGAUGGGUGAUGAUCUUAAAAAAAUGUUCAGAAAGAGGUGUGAUGUUUUUGUAAGAUCUGCUGCAAAAUUAAAGUCAGGACAAUGGUCUGGGGAACUUCCUUCCAUAUAACAAACUUGUAUAAAAGAGUUUGCUUUAUUUUGAAAUCAGAGGCCUUUUCAAAAAUGUAACUGAUCUACUUACAAAUGGAAACCCUUCCCAAAGCAUAACAGAAAUUCUCAGAUGUAAUUCAUUUAAUAGCUUAAUUUAUUAAACACAUUAUGUAAAAUCUACAUUGUUUCAGUUUUCAUGUUUACACACAAGAGGAUUUUUCAUUUUUAACCAUGAUGCGACAAGAGCUUCCCAUAGCCUACCUUUCUAUGGGAGAUACAAACAUUAAACACUACAAGAAGUUCUGGCUCAUUUAAGUCUCUUUUCAUUGCCUUCCCUUUAUUCCCCCCCUCCAGGCCUGGCACAAACAAACAGGCUUGUAUUCCAAAAGUAGUUUUUAAACAUCCCCAAAGGAAAUUCUGCUGAGACAAACUCCUGGAAAGGGGGAGAACUCCUAGAGAGAUCUACAGUUCUUACAU